UUGCCACAUCUGGAGACGCUUCCCGACACGAGAAACUUCAACUUUUGCGUUUAUUCUGCGCAGAAACAAUUAGGCGAUUGCGAACUGUCAAUCCGUCAGGGUGAAUUUUGCUUUUCUCGUGAUAGUAAGUAGACAUUCUUUCAGCCAAGUUGGCGUUUCUCUCUUACUCUGAGCGUUUUUUCCUCUUUUUUUUUUACAUCACCAUUGGUAAACAGAGCCCGUUUGGGAGUUUCAUACAUUCAGUUUGCUGUGUAACUGCCACGCUAGAUCGUGUUAUAGUUGAACGCGGUUUCUGGAAAUAGCAUGACACAUUUCAAUGUUGUGUUUUCAUGAGUAAAAAACAAGGAAAGGGAUGCGCAGCGCAGCGGUGCGUUAAAUUAGUUGAUUUAACGCAAAUUAAGCCAACAAAUCUAUGAAAAGUUUGUAGCCUAAUUUGCUCUGUCACAAGAUUAUUUUGUUGUAUUAUUAAAUGCUAGAAUUAAACCCUGCCGUACGAUAGUACAUGAGUGCGUUGAUGCUGACAUGAGUCAGGCGGGAUCAAAGUGUGAAAUUCAACAGCGCCUGAUGAUGGAGUGACACAUUUCGGGCUUAUUUGUGUCCAACGCUGAUCUAACAUUUUGGAAGAGAGAACUGGAAUAAGCCAUAAAGCGCACGGCUCCAUACUGAAGUGUUUAAGUUAGUCUGAGGGGAAAUUUAAAAGACCUAAAAAUACAGCGUUGGUUUCUUCCCUACAAAGACCCAUUUGAACUUCCCACCGCAGAGCGAGAGCGACAUAAAUAGUUCUGACAUGUGGAUGUAAUUUCAGAAGAGGAAAAAAGACAGAUGCAGAGAAAUAAAGAGAGCGGGUUGAGCCUGAGCAUAUAGAUUAUAGGAAAUUAAAUCGAGGGCAGAGCGAGGCGAUUACAGAGUUAUGAUUUCACAAGCCGCCACAAACACAGAGCAGCCAGAUGGAGUGAAAAAACACAAUUUGCUCCACUUUGAAGAGAGUUAAAUAGAAUAAACAAUUUCACCAGUGUCUGUUUGAGCCCCGCAAGGACCCUUGGAGGCAGAGUUGCCUCAGGUCAAUUAUGGGAUCCGCUCUGCUCCUCCACAAUCUGGACUUUCUUCUCAUCUCACUACUGAGUGGCUUAUUUCUGGCUUACGGAGAUGAUGUUCUGACGAAAGAUGAGCAGAUAGGCCUGCUGUUCAGAGCCAGACGGAAGUGUGAGGGGAACAUCAAGUCAAAGCACAAGGUUCCUGAUGGUUUCUGCUCACCAGAGUGGGAUGGCAUUGUUUGUUGGCCUGAAGGGCCUCCGGGAAAGCUUGUAUCAACGGCCUGUCCAGAGUAUAUCCAUGACUUCAACCAUAAAGGACUAGCAUACCGUCGGUGUGACAACAAUGGAACAUGGGAGCUGGUUACAGCCAACAAGACAUGGGCUAAUUAUAAUGAAUGUGCAAAAUUCCUCUACCAUUACAACCACAGCCAUGAAAAGGAUGUCUUUCACCGCCUGUAUCUCAUCUACACAGUCGGUUACUCCAUCUCUCUGGGAUCCCUCAUGGUGGCUGUCGUCAUCUUGGGAUAUUUCCGGCGGUUGCACUGUACCAGGAACUACAUCCACAUGCACCUCUUUGUGUCUUACAUGUUAAGAGCUAUCAGUAUUUUUGUGAAAGAUGUUGUGCUCUACUCUGGAUCGGCCUUGGAAAACAUGGAGAGAGUCACAGUGGAAGACCUCAAGUCCAUCACUGAGGCUCCGCCAUCCAACAAAACACAGUUCAUCGGCUGCAAGGUGGUCGUGACCUUGUUUUUGUACUUUCUGGCGACCAAUUACUACUGGAUCCUGGUGGAGGGUCUGUACCUUCACAGCCUCAUCUUCAUGACCUUCUUCUCAGACAGAAAGUAUCUGUGGGGAUUUACUCUGAUUGGAUGGGGAGUGCCAGCUAUGGUUGUGACAGUUUGGGCAACAAUGAGAGCCACAUUUGCAGACACAGAGUGUUGGGACUUAAGUGCAGGCAAUUUGAAAUGGAUAUAUCAAGUGCCUAUCCUAGCGGCUAUAGUGGUGAAUUUUAUGCUAUUUCUGAACAUCAUCAGAGUCUUGGCAACUAAACUGCGAGAAACAAAUGCUGGAAGGUGUGACACAAGACAGCAGUACAGAAAACUGUUGAAGUCCACGUUGGUGCUGAUGCCGCUCUUUGGGGUCCACUACAUCAUAUUCCACGCCAUGCCGUAUACAGAGGUGUCUGGAGUUCCCUGGCUGAUACAGAUGCACUAUGAGAUGCUGUUCAACUCCUUCCAGGGAUUCUUAGUUGCAAUUAUAUACUGCUUUUGCAAUGGGGAGGUGCAAGCUGAGAUCAAAAAGUCCUGGAGCAGGAGGACUCUGGCCCUGGAUUUCAAAAGAAAAGCUCGGAGCGGCAGCAACACUUACAGCUAUGGACCAAUGGUAUCGCACACCAGUGUCACCAACGUCACUGCCAGAGGACCACUGGCCCUCCACCUCACCACGAGGCUGGGACCGGUGCCUGUGAACGGGCACAGGAACCUCCCCGGUUACGUAAAGAACGGCUCCGUCUCUGAGAACUCGAUGCCCUCGUCAGGACAGGAGCUUCACAUUCCUGAUGAGGAGCAUCCGGCUCACACACGGCCCUGCGAGAACGAGAAACCCUCGCCUGUGGUAGAGGAGGAGAGGGAGACAGUCAUGUGACCUCCAGGCCGCCGUGUAUAGGGAUGAAAACUGAUCAUGAAACGGCCUCGGGACGGUCUGAAGGGGAUGGCUGCAUGCAUCAACACUGCCAGUUUAUUCUCCUGUGAAUCAAGCCGGAACAUUACCAACAGAUGAGACUCGAGGCAAAAAGGGUGUAUCACUUUCGUGAGCUGGGCCAUCUUUACCUGAAGGAUGAUGACCCUCGCUAUAGCAAAAACACUCUCGACUCGUUCAGCAACCACCUGCCACAGUGAAUGUGUAAAAGGAUGAAAACAGACUGCCGUUUCUUAUUUCUUUUCCACUGCCGUAACUGUUGUUAUCUUGUUUUCUGUUGACUUCUUUUUGGAAAAUGUCUUGUGCCCAGCGUUUGUGCAUAAAUCAAACUGGGGGUUAGUUACAGUAGUUGCCAGGAACAGCCUUAAUCACCAUGUAAAGCCAGGUGGAUUUUGAGUGCUCUUAGUGACACAUGGGUGGGCAGUUGUAUCAGCAAGUUAUGGGUUAAAGUCAGCGUGGGUAAGUGUAGGUUUAGCUUAAACAUUUUUUUUUGAGGCAUCUGUUCAUGCUUUCUGGCAUGGUAUCUCAUUUGUUCUGCAUUGACUUAAAUCCACUUCAGUGUAAAAGGAAAGGUACUCAGGUAAUUGAAGUCCUCUGUUGUUGCACACCUGUUUUUAUACUUUCAAAGUAGUUUUAGCGCGGUCAACAUUUCGUGUUGCUAUGUAUUAAGGCUGUGCUCUUUUUUUUUUUUUUCAAAAUGUUGUACAGUUUCUGGUGUUUUGAAAAACCCAGUAUUCAUCUCUCUUAAUUACAACAGAUUUCGAUGAGUUCAAACGAAUGUUUCAUAUUCAAAUUUUCUGUAGAGCAUGAUGUCAAAGCUGGAAUAUGUCUUUGAAGACUGUGUCUCUUUGGGUUCAGCGUUAGUUGAGGUAAUAAGAACUGAAUGGAAAUAUGACAAAGAUGGUAACAUACAUUCCCACGCAGUUUUCAAAGGACGAGACCGCAUUUAAAAACACACAAGGUGCAAGAAACAGUCAUGUAUUCCAGAGGAAUGUCAAUGAAAUGAGCAUUCCUCAAAUAUCUCAUAUUCAGCUGGAAUUGAAAGAGUGACGUUUGUUUAUGACAGAAACCCCAGAAAUGAAUAAGUCAUUUUUACAGAUGGUUCAGUGUUAUGCUGCUUUUUUACAUGUGUAUACAAGUCACAAUGUUUACAAAGAUCAGAAAUACAUUCUAAUUGUGAGCUAAUAGUGUUCAUGUGUAUGAAUAUGUUACAAAACUGUUUCAAUGUUGUUGUUGUUGUUUGUUUACGGAAUGUUUGCAAUAUUUGGUUAUGUAUAUAGUCCGAAACAAAACAGGUAAAUAUAUUUACAGAUGAGGGAGGGCAUUCAAACUGGCAUUUAAUGAAUCAUUCCACAAUAUAUUUUAAACUCUGUAUCUUCUGAUUUACCUUUUGGUUCUGACCAAUAUGUCUGAUGUCUCACAUUAAUAUCAACAUGUGACCAAAACCAAUAUUUGCUCUUAUACGAAGAAUUCCUUUACGUUACACCAUUUGAUGGUAAGCUUUCUUUAUCCCUGCUGCUGUUGUGUUCUUUUGGUGACUUCACACUGAUGGAAUCAAGCUCCCAAUUUAUUUUCAUAGCCGCUAUUUAUUGCAUCUCUCACAACUCUGUUUAAUUCAAUCUGGCUUUCCACUAAUUGCCCCUUGGGAAGUAAACAUUAUGUUCCUUUUGUUUGAGAAAGAUGCGGCUGGUGUCAGAGCAUGAAAAUAUUCCAUUAAAAAAAAAAAACAUAAAAAAUUAUAUCUGAGCACUUUAAUACCCUAUAAUACAGUAUUUCUUUCUGAUUGUAUCAUGUAAAAUGAUUGUGUUUUGGAAUUAAGUGUACAAUAAGGCCAAUAAUCAUAGAGCUAAUGUUGUAAUUCGAUGUUUUUAAAUACCUCUCAUGGAAGUAUAAAAUGUGUGUGGUUGUCUUUUAUUUAUCUCGAGAUGUACUCCGUGGAGUCAGCAUUGGUGUUCAUGCUUCAUAGUAUGUGAGCAGUGUUUGCUAAGAUUCUCAUCACUCUAUAGUGAUUUAGGUACGUUGUAGAUAUAUACGUGUAAACUUGGAAUAAAUGUUUUCUGGUCUCUAAUGUUCAUCAGUGAAUUGUGAAUAAAUCUGUAAUUUUACUGUACUC